CAGAGGUGAAAGUUCAGAAGCAACGUGUUCGUGAAGAAGGAGAAGAACCCAACACUGCUGCGUACACUAUAAGUUUAUGAAAUAAUAAGAACAACAUUUCUUCAAAAUGACAGAGGGGGACUCUACAAUUUCAAAACCAGCUAAAAGCUUGCUUGCUCUCAAUCCAAGCGAAGAUGUUGAGUUCCAAAAGAAAGUCCAGCAAGUAAAAAAGCGACGGAAAACGCCAGUCAAGUUGGCUCCUGGAGUAAUCUACGUGGGCCACAUUCCCAGGGGACUGUUUGAACCACAGAUCAGAUCCUAUUUCCAGCAGUUUGGGAAAAUCCUAAGGAUGCGGCUGUCGAGAAGUAAAAAGACAGGUGGAAGCAAAGGCUACGCGUACAUUGAGUUUGACUGCGAUGAAGUGGCCAAGAUUGUGGCUGAGACCAUGAACAACUACCUCAUGGGUGAAAGGCUGAUCCAGUGCCAUGUGGUGCCACCGGAGAAGGUGCAUGAGAAGUUGUUUGUGGGUUGCAAGAGGGUGUUUAAAAAGCCGACGCAACCCGCGGUUGGCCGCUACAACAAGAAGCACAGCAUAGAGGAGCUGGAGAAGACCAAGGCAAAGCUCCUUAGCAAAGAGGCCAAGCUGCGGAAGAGACUUGCUGCCCAUGGCAUCGAUUACGACUUCCCUGGAUUUGCAUCCCAGGUUCCAACGAAGAAGGCUACUGCCUCAGAGGAUGCAAACAUCUCUGUUUUAAGUGAUGAUGUCACCCCAGUGUGCACACCUUCAAUUCUGGAGAGGAGGAAGUCCAUGGCAGGAGGUGAGGAGGUAGACGACGAAAUCGUCAUCAAGCUCAUGCCAGACGCCUCAUUUGAAGAGGACGAGGAAGACUCUGAAGAAGGACUCUCGGGAGAGGAGGAGGAGGGAGAUGUGUCAAUAGAGGAGAAGAAAGAGGAGGAAGCGUAAUCUCACGUCAGAGGCCCGUCUGCGGAGAUCUCUGAGCAAGCCUGAAUGAUCCACUUCAUCCAGUCAGAGACUUUUGUACAUAAAAGAUUAUUUCCUCCAGUGAGGGAAAUAACCCUGGUGGUAGGCGACUGCCCCCUGGCUAAUGAUGUGUAUAGUGCGUAUUUAGCCAAGAGGGGCCCUGAAUAGUGUUGCAGUAACAGCAGUUACUGGUGCCGUGGCACUCCACAGUGGUGGUGAAGGAAAGGUGUUCUUCCUUCCAGAAAACUCUCUGAGCACGUCGCUCAGGCACUCUGUGUCAGUUUGACAGCCCAAAAUGAACAAAAAUUAAACUCCAGGCCAUUUUCAUGUAAUCAUUAGAAGAUUGGUUCUCUCAUGUGGUCCUGGUUGUUCGUGCUGUUGCUUUCCAUCUGACUGUUUGUGCUCAUCUGAGGUCAACAUUAAACUGUAUGAAAAUAUAAUUUGCUCUUAUAUGAAAAGGUUUAUGUCCUUGGAAAUGUCAUAUAUCUUUACAUUAAAGAAGGUAAAGAAGACAAAUGA